GCUGUGGCGGGGCUUGCUGGGAUCAUGGCGGAGAAUCACUGCGAGCUGCUGCCGCCGGCCCCGGGCGGCCUCGGGGCGGGGCUGGGGGGCGGCCUGUGUCGCCGCUGCAGCUCGGGGCUCGGCGCCCUGGCCCAGCGCCCCGGUAGCGUGUCCAAAUGGGUCCGGCUCAACGUCGGCGGCACCUACUUCCUCACCACCCGGCAGACGCUGUGCCGGGACCCGAAAUCCUUCCUGUACCGCUUGUGCCAGGCCGACCCCGACCUGGACUCGGACAAGGAUGAAACAGGUGCCUAUCUAAUCGACAGAGACCCCACCUACUUCGGGCCCGUGCUGAACUACUUGAGACACGGGAAGCUGGUCAUCAACAAAGACCUCGCGGAGGAAGGAGUGUUGGAGGAAGCGGAAUUUUACAACAUCACCUCAUUAAUAAAACUGGUAAAGGACAAAAUUAGAGAACGAGACAGCAAAACGUCACAGGUGCCCGUGAAGCACGUGUACCGCGUGCUCCAGUGUCAGGAGGAGGAGCUCACACAGAUGGUGUCCACCAUGUCCGACGGCUGGAAGUUCGAGCAGCUCGUCAGCAUCGGCUCCUCCUACAACUACGGGAACGAAGACCAGGCGGAGUUCCUGUGUGUGGUUUCCAAGGAGCUGCACAACACCCCCUAUGGCACGGCCAGCGAGCCCAGCGAGAAAGCCAAGAUUUUGCAAGAACGGGGCUCAAGGAUGUGAGGGACACAGUAUUGACAGCUGAAGAAAUGAAUACUUUUUCCCAAGAUGCAAUGAACCGCCUUGUCCAGGAAGCUUGGCUGUGAGAAGAAACCUGCUUUUGAUCAUUUUCCUAGAGAUCUGGGUGUGAAUCCUUUUUUGCCUCUGAGGUGGGUGGUGAGAGACGGGCCCAGCUGUCCAGGGCCAGGCGUCCCACGGGGAGGAGGUGCCGUGGCCAGUGGGCGCUGUCUCUGGGGGGCCUCGUUCUGUUUUUUCCAAGUGCCACAUGGGACCGAGGUAGGAUGCUUCUUGUGAGCCGUGUGGUCACUGAAGACUGUUUAAAGGACAGCGUUCUUGGUGCUACAUGAACAGUCUGUAAAGGCAGCCUGGGCCUUCCUGGCAGGAGAGGCAGCAGCCGCGUCGAUGGCCGACACGUGGGGCCUCCGGUCUGGUCCUCAGCCAGAGAGUCUGUGCUGCCUCCCAGGUGUGCUCUUGUGACGGUUUCUCAGCCUGGGCAGCGGCUCCUGACAGCGGUGGCUUCUGUGUCGUCACUACUACCCGAGCGUUGCGGCCUCCUUCGGGAACAGGCUCCGAGCCCGCUCUGCUCAGCCGGAGUGGUCAAGGCUUCUCCAUUUGUAUUUUCCAGGCGAGAGAACUUUGUAUCCCUUUUUUCAAGCGUGGGUAGCCUCCCCAGUGUUUAUACUCUCCAGAAACGCCCACACGCGUUGCUCCGUGUGGACCAGCCUGUUAAACCCCCUAGCGGGAGGUGGCAGCAUUGCCUCGCCCUCCCACCCGUGGGCUCGUGGGGGAGCCGGCGCCCGUCAGUGCCUUGUAGCGCCUGGGACGGAGGUGGGGCUGGAGGCCUGUGCACCCGGCUUCUGGAGCCGCAGCUCUGGGCUGUGCUGACAAUUCGGGAUGUUUACAGCGCAUCACAGACGUCUCUCUCGCCAGCUCUCUCGUUUCCUUUGUAUAACUAUGCAGUCUUCUCUCUCUUUCUGGGAUGUUUGAGACUUUACACAACCUGCACGGGCUCCGCCACCUGACGUGACGUGGGAGCUGCUAGGACCCCUUUAGAAACUGCUGUCCGCAUGCUUGGAGCGCAGACCUCUCCGUUGGUCGUGGGGACUUGUCAGGCCAGGGACCUGCCUCGAAUGAGCAAGCUCUUUGCCUCCUGGACUCGGCCUCCCCAGGGAGCUGUGCACGCUGACCGCCGGGGCUGCCGCGUGUAGGUCAGAGGUCUGACAAUGUCUAGUGUCAAACGCUUCCGGAGACUUCCUGCCCAGGCCUCUUCCCCCCUCCUUUGCCAGUAACCUGCUUAACCAAGGUCUCCAGCAUCUAGGACUUACCUCCUCCUUUUGUAAGGUCUCUUGUCUGUUGUUAAAUGUUUGGCUUAAACAGUUCCUAACAGCCU